AUGGAGCCCAGGACAUCUCUUGCAGGAAAUGUUGGAGACAUGGCAGACCUCAGGUCUUACAACAUCGAGGCCUUUACGUUACUUGGCAUCGCCAUGUUGGUCACAGCCUUGAGAUGUGGUGUGCGUAUCAGCACAGUUGGAUGCAAGAACCUCUGGGCAGAUGAUUAUCUCGUCAUCUUGGCUGCUGGAAUCUAUGCUAUAGAGACAGGUUUAGCAUAUUCAGUUGGCAACGUUGCCUUUGGACUGGCCAACAACUCCAUCACGGACGAGCGGCGGGCUUCUUUACAACCUGACGAUCCCGAGUACCAAAUUCGUGUACUAGGUUCCAAGAUCCAACUCGCUCUCUGGGCAACCUAUUCCUCACUUCUAUGGAUCCUCAAGGCAUCCAUGUGUACCUUCUACUAUCGCUUAACAAAGGACCUUGAAGGAUAUCGAACCCGUGUCAUGAUCGGCUUUGGUUUGAUCAUUACAUCUUUCGUGGUUGUACAGAUGAACCUGCUACUGAGUUGCAGUCCUUUCAGCCAGUGGUGGCAGAUCUUCCCAGACCCAGGUGCCUUCUGCCACGCUGCCAUCUCACCCAGUCUGAUAUGGACAGGCCUUUCUUUCAAUCUCAUCACAGACUUUUACCUUAUUAUGAUUCCAAUGCCUAUGCUUUGGAAGGCUGCUAUGCCUUGGCCUCAAAAGGUCGGUCUCAUCACGCUGUUCAGCUGUGGUUUGUUUGUCACCAUGGCUGCCGUCCUUCGAGUUGUGCUCCUUGUCUCCGAACCUCUCAAUGGACCUCAGCUUGCUGCUUCUUGGGCAGUUCGCGAAACCUUUGUGGCUAUCAUGACUACGAACAUCCCUAUGCUGUUUCCGAGCUUCAAGAAAUGGGCGGUUCCCAUCGUCGAAAGAGCUGGUUCGUCACUCAGCCUCAACCGUUCUCCUUUGAGUACCAUCACCGACUCGAGGUUCUCUGGAGCUUUGUCUCUGGACGUUUGGAAACGGAGAACACGAGAAACAUUCCGCUUUUCAACCAGUGGUCCUACCCCACCCACCAUCAGAAAGAGCGAUAUCACAGUGGGCUUCCCUUACGCCAUGUGGGAUUCGCCCGUGACAACGCCUGAGAAGACCAAGACCAGAUCUUCUAUCUUGAUUCAGCCUCUUGCUUGCCAUCCUGUCCGUACCAUGGUUUGUGUCGAGGCAGUUCGCGCAGAUCAACGGUUGAGCACCACAAGCGACACAAGCGAGGCUUCCACGGUAUCUUGGGCAGAAACAUUGGUCAACUCCCCUCGGCCACAGAGAUCCGAAAUUAUUAUUCCGCUUGUCCACCAAGAUGGAUACAGCAAAUUUGUCUAA